UUAAAAAGAAAAUUCUAUUUUUUUUUUUGCUUUUUCAUUCAAUCAUUCAUCAUACAUUGUUUGUUAAAUUCGAUCAAGUUUGGCUGAUAGAAUUUUUUUUUUCUCCAAUCGAUAUCACAAGAAAAUUUGGUUUCUAUCAAUAAUUAAAAAUAAUUUUUUUUAACAAGAUGUCAGCAGUUCUUGAAAAAGCACUUCUGAAAGCACGUGAAGCAUUUCAUCGAAAUGUUACUAAAGAUGUCAAUUUUCGUAUCAAACAAUUGCAGCAAUUGAAACGAUGUCUGAACGACAAUAAAGAAGAAUUUGUCAAAGCCUUGAAUGCCGAUUUUCGAAAGCCUCGUAUGGAAGCUGUCAUCACUGAAAUUGAUUUUGUCAACAAAGAUAUUGAUUAUCAAUUAAGUCAUAUCCGCGAUUUUAUUAAACCAAAAUAUGCAGAGAAAAAAGGUUUAUCAACUUUUUUGGACACCUGUUAUAUUAAACAUGAACCAUUCGGUGUUGUGCUGAUAUUCUCAGCUUGGAAUUAUCCCAUACAAUUAUUAUUAUGUCCAUUAAUUGGCGCUAUAGCCGCCGGUAACUGUGCAAUAAUCAAACCUUCAGAAAUAUCAUCAAACACUGAAAAAAUGAUGGCUGAAUUGCUUCCAAGAUAUUUGGAUCGUGAAUGUUAUCAUAUAGUUACUGGUGGACCUGAAGAAGCAACACGAAUGUUAAACGAACGUUUCGAUUUGAUAUUCUACACUGGAUCAACUGCUAUUGGAAAGGUGAUUUAUAAAUCUGCUUCCAAAUUUUUGACUCCUGUCGUUUUGGAAUUGGGUGGAAAAAGUCCCGUUUAUAUGGAUGAUUCAAUUAAUAUGGAAAUAGCUGUCCGUCGAUUAUUAUGGGGAAAAUGUAUGAACGGUGGUCAAGUUUGUAUCGCACCUGAUUACUUGCUCUGUACUAAAGAAGUGAAAGAGAAAUUUAUAAACGUUGCCAACAAAGUGUUGAAAGAAUUUUUUGAAGGCGAUUCAAAAAAUUCUGAAAGCUUUGCGCGAAUCAUCAAUGACAAAAAUUUUAAUCGCUUACAGAAUUUAAUCAAUUCAACUAACGGAAAGAUUGUUAUUGGUGGUGAUACUGAUAAGGAAACGCGAUACAUAUCACCAACGAUAGUCACCGAUGUGAUCUCUGCCGAUGCUUUGAUGAAGGAAGAAAUAUUUGGGCCAAUCUUACCGAUCAUCACAAUCGAUUCGGUGGAAGAGGCAAUUGAAUUCAUCAAAAGAGGUGAAAAACCAUUGACAAUGUAUUUGUUUACAAACAAAAAACAAGUUUAUCAAAAAUUCAUCGAUGAAACAUCAAGCGGUUCUCUUGUUGUCAAUGAAACUAUGCUUCAAAUGACUGUUGAAGAGCUUCCUUUUGGAGGUGUUGGAGAAUCUGGAAUUGGAAGCUAUCAUGGCCGUUUCUCUUUCGAAACGUUUUCGCAUAAAAAAUCUGUUAUGAUCAAAGAUUACAAUCCUAUUGUUGAAUUCUUAGCCAGUGUGCGUUAUCCGCCUUACAACGAAAACAAAUUGAAAAAAUUGCAAAUGCUAGUCGGACAUUCAAUUGUGGACGAAAUUAAUUUGGGAAAAUUUUUGCGCUAUUUUUUGACAUUUUCGCUUGGAAUCAUUGCUACAAUUACGGUCUUCAUAUUGAAUGAAAAAUUCCUAUAAUCAAAAACAAAAUAAUUAAUAAAUAAAUCCAGACGAUAUGAUUGUUUUAAAAUAAUAUUUAUUAAUUCAAUUUAAACUGAUGGAUUAUGUGAUUAAAGUUUAAAAAAAUAUCAAA